AUGGCUGCGCAGGUGCCCGGGCCGCCGGGCAGCCUCCUUCCCCUUCGGCCGCUGCUGCUGCUGCUGCUGCUGCUGGCGGCGCCGAGGUCGCGGUCUGCCGAGCGAAGGUCUCCGGCGGUGUCGGGCGUGGAGUCGCUGCUGGAGGAGUUCCGCCACCAGCUGCAGCAGGAGCAGGAUCCCUCCGGCGGCCGCGGCAACGAGCGGGCCGAGGCGGCGGGGCGCUGCCGCGGGGGAGGCGAAGGGCCGUUGAGUGGCGGCGGGAGCUUUUUCUCGGCCAGGCCCGACUCCAUCAUCCGCACCAAGGACUCCAUCGCGGCGGGUGCCACGUUCUUGGGCUCGCCGGGCCCGGUGGAAGGCCCGCGGCAAUGCCUGGACGCCUGCUGCGCCGAAGCGCGCUGCACCCUGGCCGUCUUGCAGCAGCAACAGCCUCCGCCGCCGCCGCUCGCCUCGUUCCGUUGCUACCUCUUCAACUGCACGUACCGCGGCCGCGCCGUCUGCCUCUUCUCCCCGCAGCGCGGCUACAACAGCUACUGCCUGGAACCGAGCAGGCCCCCGCCGGCCCUGGAAAUUGAUGAACCUCCCAUCAGCAAAGCAGGAAAAGACCUUAUCCUUCAGUUGCCUGUUGACUGGGUGAUUCUGGAUGGACGAGAAAGUAUAGACGACCAUGGAAUCAUACAGUAUGACUGGACGAUGCUUCAAGGUGCCCCUUCAGUUGAUAUGAAGGUACCUCAACCAGGAACGCUGAAGCUCUCCCAUUUGCAAGAAGGUAAAUACAUGAUGCAGUUGACUGUGACUGACACUGCUGGCCAAAGGAGUUCGGAUAAUGUCUCGGUGACAGUACUUCCAAUGGUUCACUCCAGGUUAGGAUGUGUUGGGGUUUGUUCACGCUACCAGUUCCUCUGUGAUGAUGGCUGCUGUAUUGAUAUCACCUAUGCCUGUGAUGGAGAAGCGCACUGUCCUGAUGGAUCUGAUGAAGCUUUUUGUCAGAAAUUUAAUUCGGGACAAAAGACAAUAACUCACACAGCCAUGGGCUCUAUCCAGCAAAAUACUGUUGGACUAACUGAAGAUGCCAACAAUGAACAGGCAUUUGAAAUCACCCAGAAAACUACUGUAAGCAAUCAAGCACCUGAUGUAGACAAGUUCAACCAAUCACCCUCUCAGGGACCAAAGAAACAAAACACUGGGUUUAUGCCAGACAAAUGCUUGGCACCCCCUGCUGCUGGCCCAUGUAAUGGGCACUUCCCUCGCUGGCAUUUUGAUGCUUUUUUGGGCAGUUGCCGGCAUUUCAUCUACGGUGGCUGCAAAGGCAAUGAAAAUAACUUCCUUCAAGAAUCUGACUGCCUUGAUGAAUGUGUAAAAGUUCAUGAUUCCAGAACCUCAGGGAAAGGCACAGAUGAUAAGGAUGAAAAUGACAUUGUGGUGUUAAAGGGCACUCAAAUUGAAAAGAGCCAUCCAGUCCCAGAAACAGGUGCUGUACUUCCCCUGGCUCUGGGCUUGGCCAUCACUGCUUUACUGCUGCUCAUGGUAGCUUGCCGAUUGCGGUUAGUGAGACAGAAACUUAAGAAAGCUCGGCCCAUUAUGUCAGAGGAAUCAGAUUACCUCAUAAAUGGGAUGUAUCUCUAAAGCAGGAUUCAGGUUACUUCCCUUUGCUCAAGCUUUCCCCCAAAAGUGUGCCUCUUGCAUCUUAACACAUUUUUUAAAAAGUAAAAACUAAUUAAAAAAAAAGAAAAAGCAGCAAUCACCUUCUAGAAAUUUAUUUUAAGGUCUGUGGUAGAGUAAAUGUGAAUAGUUGCAUUGGUAUACAGAAUGGCUUCCUCUGCAGAGCUCUAGGAGUAUCUAUGCUUGGCAAUAAGGCAAGUUCCAUCUUACUAUGUUGUACAUCUGUUGCAAUCUCACAGAAAAUACCUUACUGCCAUAUCUCAGGUGUGCAGGGUAAUGCCACUAGAGCUGCUCUGUGGUGGCUGAAAUGCCUUUACAAUUUCAUGUCAUUUCCUUGCUUCUAGACUCUCCUUGCAACUCCAUCUGCACCCAAUUCUGCUUUGUGAAAUAGCUUUGUGCAAUGUUACAGCACCACUUAGAAUACUGUUACUGGCUGUGGAUGGCUGAUCCACAUCGCUGCACCAGUGUGAUACCCAGAGUGAUUAGUUUAUAAUGCCUAUGUGAUGGGGUGUGGAAUGAUGCAGCAGUCACACCAGAUCGUAAGCACAUUAUUUGCUGGUUUAUUGGCUUACAGGAUCAGAUGUUAAGUGAGAAAUUACAUUUCUUUACUAAUUUGAAUAAGUUCUUUUUAAAACAAAUUAUGAUAAAUUUUAAACAAUGAUAAAUUCAGGAUGGGCUCAAAUAAAAGCCCAUCCUGAAUUUGACCUCUAGCCUCAACUUAUACUUCCCCAAAGACUAAAGACAGAUAUUAUACACCUGAAAGUGACCCAGCAUUAAAGUGAAUUAGAAAUGGGGCACACUGGUGUGGUUAUGUGCCACUGCAGGUCUGAUGCCUGUUAGAUUCUUGUCUUGCCCUUAUCAGUACUGUCAGUCUCUGCUAUCCUGCAAACACACUACAUACUGGCACUGUCCGCAAUCAGAAGUGGAAAUCUUUGUUACUCCCUUCUUUCAACUCUAUUUCCUACUUACCUACUAAAUGAGGGUGUUACUAUUAUAAUCCCUUGCCCUUUUAAAACUUUUCUUACCUUUGAACCAAAGUAUGACAAUUCCAUCAUGCUAUCUAAAAUAAAUAUUUAAUAGAUUACUUUGGACUUAACUAAAAUCAGUGAAGAUGUGUGUCAUCUGAGGCUUAUGCCUCUUUCCUCAUGUUCAGAGUUAUUCCAGCUUUUCCUAUACUAUCAUAUGUUUCUGAAUGUUGCAAAAAGGAUACCUGUAAUUGUGACCAAAUCGGCAUUAGGAACAGUUUACCCAGUCUCUCAAACAAGUCCACAGAAUUAUUAGUCCACAGCAUUUUUACUAUUGCACUUUCGUACCCAUUUCUAGCACAAACAGCCUAAAAGAAACCACUCUUAGCCAAUGUAUUAUCUGCCUACCUGCCUACUUGGCCAGAGGCACAUGACUACUUAUAAACCACCCCACUGAAGUGCUGAGUUUCCUUUAAGAUGAAAGAUUAGGCCUGGUCUAUAUAGGUAGCACAAUGGUGUAGUAGAAUCCCAAAGUGAUAAGAAUGGACUGUACAGCAGAGGGAGAGUACACCAUUUUUAAAAAAUGUUCCCUUAUAUACAUUUCCAUGAAUCAAAACGAACUAGUACAGCAGGGAGAAAGAUUGUAGCUGCCCUCUGCUAUGUUAAUUUUCUAACUUACAUAGCAGAGGAAGGAUUUUUUAAGCUCCUACUCUGAAGAGCAUUAAAAACGUGAUGCCCACCUGCAGUCUGAAGUGUUACCAUCCAUUCUACCAUCUCAG